AUGUGUGGUAUUUUUGCAGCUUUUAGACAACCAGAGGUUGAACAGUUUAAAUCAAAGGCUUUACAGUAUUCCAAGAGAAUCCGUCACCGUGGUCCAGAUUGGUCAGGUAACGUUAUUCAAAACUCCACCAUCUUAUGUCACGAAAGAUUGGCUAUUGUCGGGUUAGACUCCGGUGCCCAACCAAUUACGUCUGAAGACGGUAACUACACCUUAGCAGUUAACGGUGAAAUCUAUAACCAUAUUCAAUUAAGAGAUGAGUUCCCAUCAUACCCAUACAAAUCUUUAUCUGAUUGUGAACCAAUUAUUCCAUUAUUUGAAAAAUACGACGUCGAUGCGCCAAAGUAUUUGGACGGUAUGUUCGCAUGGGUAUUGUAUGACAAGAAAAACGACCGUAUUGUCGCCAGUAGAGAUCCUAUUGGUAUCACCACUUUGUACAUGGGUAAGAGUUCCAAGAACCCAAAAACUCGUUACUUUGCAUCUGAAUUAAAAUGUCUUACUGACGAAUGUGAUGAAAUCUUUGCGUUCCCACCAGGUCACGUCUACGAUUCUAACACCGAUGAAAUCACCAGAUACUUCAAUCCUUCAUGGUGGGAAGAAUCGUCGAUUCCAUCUAAGAGAGUCGACCUCAAGGAAGUCAGAGAAACUUUGGAAUUAGCUGUUAGAAAGAGAUUAAUGGCAGAAGUUCCAUAUGGUGUCUUGUUAUCAGGUGGUUUAGAUUCCUCCUUGAUUGCAGCCAUUGCUGCUAGAGAAACUCAAAAGGCUGCAGCAGGCAUCAGCAAGGAUGGAAUUGAUGCAAACAAAGAAUUAUCUGGUGUUGAUGAAAAGGGUUCUUUACACUCCAGUGGUUGGAAUCAGUUACACUCCUUUGCUAUCGGUCUUCCAGGUGCUCCAGACUUAAUCGCUGCUGAAAAGGUUGCUCAUUUUAUUGGUACUAUUCACCAUUCCCACACCUUUACUUUAGACGAAGGUUUGGAUGCUUUGGAUGAUGUUAUCUAUAACUUGGAAACUUACGAUGUUACUACUAUCAGAGCGUCCACUCCUAUGUACUUAUUAUCGAGAAAGAUCAAGGCCCAAGGUGUGAAGAUGGUUUUGUCAGGUGAAGGUUCUGAUGAAAUUUUCGGAGGUUACUUAUACUUCGCUAAUGCUCCAAGUCCAAAGGACUUCCACGAAGAAUGUGUUAAGAGAGUUAAAAACUUGCAUUAUGCUGACUGUUUAAGAGCUAACAAGUCAACUAUGGCUUGGGGAUUAGAAGCCAGAGUUCCAUUCUUAGACAAGCAAUUUUUGGAAGUUUGUAUGAACAUUAACCCAGAAGAUAAAUUAAUCAAGCCAGCUGAGGGCAAGAUUGAAAAAUACAUUUUGAGAAAGGCGUUUGACACUUCUGAUGAUCCAAACGCCAAGCCAUACUUACCAGAGGAAAUCUUGUGGAGACAAAAGGAACAAUUUUCGGAUGGUGUCGGUUACUCAUGGAUCGAUGGCUUAAAGGAUGCUGCAGAAGCAGCUAUUUCCGAUGAACAAUUCGCUAACCCUAAAGCAGAAUGGGGUACAGAUGUUCCAACAACUAAGGAAGCUUACUGGUACAGAUGUAAAUUCGAUGAAAUUUUCCAUUCUAAGGCUGCUGCUUCAACUGUUAUGAGAUGGGUUCCAAAGGCUGAAUGGGGUUGUCAUGCUGAUCCAUCCGGUAGAUUCGCUACUAUCCAUGAACAGAAAGUUGACCAAGAUUAA